AUGAGCUCCCUGCAGUGGGAUGAGAUUGAAGAAGUGGCCAAAAUCAAGUUCCCUAGGGAUGAUCCCCUGGAAUACCCUGUCCCUGUGAUAGGCCCUUUGCCGGGCGAAGGGCCCAUGGAGCCGUUUGGUCGAGCCUGGGAAAUACUGAAGUAUUUCAAUACAGUCAAAGUCUCGGCCUGGGAGGCCCGCUUUGCAACAGCGGCGUGUAUCCGCAAUGCACCAAUUGUGGAAAACCGGAAUCUACCAGCUUGGAUGCAGCAGACAGAAGCAAUUGACCAAGAGAUGAUGGACAGUCCCAUGCAGGAACCAGAGUUCUCUCACGCAAUCAAAGUCGAGCUUAUCUGGGAUCAUUCGGUUCCGUUUGACGAGAAGCAAGCUCUGACAAAUGCCCUGGACAAGGCCGAAAAAGAUAAGACCUGGAUUCCACCAUAUUCUCUUAUCCGUUUCCGCUUCUGCUUCGGAGAAUCUGUGAAGACACCCAGCUACCUCAACCUCCUCCUCCUCCUCUCACACUAG